AUCUGACCUGUCCUGAAGCUUGCUGUCGCACAAGAGACAUGCGAUGGCCAGUGUGUCAAUUGUCUGUGGCCACUUUAGGAUGACCUUCAUUGUCGUUCUGUUCCGGUAAUUGCCCGUUCAAUUACCUUCCUUCAUGCUCAUAUGAAGGUACUCGCGUAGAGCUUGUGCGAGUAAGGGUUGUAAGGUUGAAGCUGAAGCAUAAAUAGGUCGUCCGUCUACAAUGCGGUGGGUUAUGUUUGUUAUGGCCGCGGUAUCCAGUGGUAACAAAUGCAAACUCCUUAUACAAUUCGGUAUUUUCGCCAACACCAUUUCAGUAUUGAUCCAACUUUUCGUGAAAACGGUCCUCGCAGGUGGAAUUAUCGUAAAAUAUUGAAAUAAAAUAAGUUAAAUAAAUAAAAAUGCCUCUGUUAACGCCCCAUGUCCCGAAUGGACUCAUAGACCUUAUGAAGGAUCUCGCCAAGGAGGUCCUUCGAGAUAAGCCCGAAAACAUCUACGAAUUCGCUGUGAUUCACUUCGAGAAACUGAUUUUGGAACGAGAUGGCUCUCUGGAUAAAGGCUACGAAGAGUUUUCGGCCUUCGAAGCAUAUUUUGAUGGACAGCAACGUUUUGCUGUGCCAUCAAACUGCGGAUACAUAUGCCAGAGGCCAAUCAAAGUCCAAGCUAUUCCUCAGUCGAGAAAAUCAAAGUCCGACAUAAUGGCAAGCUUCCAGGCAAUGGAAUCGAUUAAUGAAGAAGAUGUGUUGGCACCAGUAUCAGCGCCAGUACCAGCACCAGCAGCAGCAGAAGAACCAAGCCCUUAUGACGAUGAGAAGUACCAAAAUGCAAUCUAUGUCAUUCAAAGGUACUUCCGAAGGUAUGUGGCUCGUAAGAAAAAUCCUCCCAACACCAUCACCACCAACAACAGCAUUGAAAGUACGAAGAGCCUUACAGCAUUCACUGCGGCCAUAAUUAUCCAAAGGACAAUGCAAAGACUUUUUUCAAAUAAAAUAAAACUAAAAAAGGAUAAGGCAAAAGAAAUGGAAAGGAAGGACUCAGGUCCUUGUGUAGCAAAUGCCGCUACCCCAGCCGUUGCCGUCAAACUUGUCCAGGACGAUAUGGAUAAUGUAUCGGAGGCGGCAUCUUACACAUCAUCGUCUACGAUACAAAUGCUGGCCGACGGCCAAGAAGGAAGAGAAAAUCGAUUGGCAUCGGGACAAAGACAACAUCAACAACGUGAGGAGGGUUCAGAUGGCUAUGGUGAUGUCGACGGUGACGCUGAUGACGAUGACGAUGGCGAAGUUGAUGGUAAUGGCGAUGGUGUUGUUGGUGGCGCCGCAGACUUUAGUUCAAUGGAGUUCAAGGAACCAACGCAGCAGGAGGAAGGACCACCAUCGUCAUCGUCACCAACAACAGAAACAACAACGGCCACAUCGACUUCAGCCACAAUGGUGGUAGCUGACGAUGAUGAGGAGCAUUCGAAGCCCGUGGUAGCGGCAGCAGAAGCGGUAGCGGCAACGCUAACGGAAAUGGAUAGAAAAUCGAUAGCUGAUGAAAAUGGAAAUGCCACGUCCAUUCCUGAAGAAAAGCCCAUCCAGCCAUUAUCUGCAUCAACUACUGAUGAUACUAGUACUGCACAUAACAUUGGCAUAUUAUCAACCAAAAUUGGCAGCAAUUACAACCCCCAAAAUUUAACCAACAAAAACAAUCAAACUGCAAUUGAUAGAAAUAGAAGAGCAAGAGAAAGAGAACCAUCACAGAUCAAAGCGAGCCAACUUAACAUAGUUCCGGCUGGUUUAAGUGUGCCCUUGAACUAUUAUCCAAAAUCAAUGCUUGGAGCAACUCCAGAUCCACAAACUCUGCCAGACACAGCCCCUAAUCCUCAUUUAAAAGAAUCUCAAGAAACUUUUCAAGUGGGACAUCACCUUGGAGAAUAUGCAAAUGAAAAUACCAAGAACAAUGAUGCGUCAUCUUACUAUCAGGGUGAUAGCCGAAUUAGAAAAUUUGAUUCCGAUAGUGGAGAGUCCUUGAAAAUCUACGAUGUAUACUAUCAGGAUAUGAAUGACCAGGAAUUCUCGGAUAGUUUAAAUGAAAGCACAAUGGAAAAGGACUCACUUGAACCCGAAGAGCUAGAUGUCGAUUCAUUGGAAUCAAAUGAGAAUGUGGUCCAUCAUGUGAGUGAUAUUUUUAAGAGGGAUGCACGGCAGGAUGAUGGUAGUUUGUAUGGGGACAAGAAUGACGAUGAGGAGGGUGGAGCCGAUGAUGGGGAAACGACGAAGAGCAACGACGAGGAUGUGCAGAAAUUUGUUGAGAUUGAGAGAGUUCCAACAUAUUUGUAUGGUAUUCAUCCAGCACGCACACCUGUAGUUGAGCGGCGAAAUAGAAAUAGGCACUCUGAAGAGGGUCAAAAAGUACCUGAUGACAAGAAGUAUUUAGAAGCAGCAGCAGUAAUAGCAGCUGGUAGUAGUGAAGUGGAUGCUAGAAGUCCAGAAGAGAAAUCCGAAGAGGAAUCGUUGGAAUCAAAAGGAAGCACUUCGGAGGAGUCAAGUGUGACACAAAUUGAAAAUAAGACCAGCAGAUUUAAUGUACAACCUGACAAAGAUGAAGAAACACCAAUAAAAUGUCCAGUACCUAUGCAAAAAUUGUCAAACGAUGACCACUCAAAUUCUUUGAUAGUCGAAGGACAAAAUGAUACGAAUCAGAAAGAAAAUAGUUUAAAAACAAAAGGAUCCAGUCAAAAUGCCACCGAAAAUCCUAAAUCCAAUGACUCUCAAUUAAGCGCUGAAAGUCUUAAGGACUCUGGUGAAGAUUCAACAGUUCAAAAUAACACAAAUUUGUCAGACAACGGAAAAGAAGUUAAAGAUUCAAAAGAAAGUUCAAAGCAGUUUGAAGACUAUAAGGGUAAGGAUGAAAAAAGAGUAAGUCUCGAAAUGGAUGCUUUGAUAAGCAAUGAUCUGGUAAAGUCAAAUUCAAAAGGAAACAUACCACUUUCUUCAGUGAAGACAGCGUCAGAAAAACUUAUCAAUUCUGAAAGAGGAGUUCAACCUCAAAAAACUGGAGAUAACACUUUUCAAAUAGAAGCAACAACAUUUUUAGAUCAAGAAAAUCUUAGUUCGAAAUCGACUUCAACGGGUAAGAACCUUACAGAAGAAAAUGUACAAGCGGAGAAUAAAAAUGAUUCAAAGUCUUCGAAUCUCAAUCAAACCAAUAGUGAUGUGAACAAAUCUGAAGGUACAUUAAACAAAGUUCCCUUGAAAAUUGAAGAUGACAAUACUUUAAACAUGCCAAAUACUUUUAACGACCAAGUAUUGGAGCAAACCUUAAGUGAACAAAAUGUUUUGCACAAGGAUUCUCAUUUAUCAGUUGAUAGCACUAAAACAAUUGAUUUGAUUGAGAAGAAGAAAGAUGCUGUACAACAAGAACAGCAGAUAGUUUCAGAUACUUCUGCACUGGUUGAAAAUAAAAUGACAAAAAUGACAAAUAAAAUAAAUGAAUCUGAUAAAAACCUUUAUGGAACUAAAGAAGAGCCUGUUUCUAACUUAAGCAAAGAUAAUUUGGAAAACAUUUCAAAAAUUCCUGAAGAUCCCAAACCCAAUCCAGAUUUAAAGUUAGAAAUAAGUGAAAUUGAUCAGAACAAGAUUUUGAAUCAUGAUCAAGAAAUUGAGUCACAAUUGCAAGAACUUCAAAACUUAAAUGACCUUCAACAAGGUUCGAACACUGCAGACACUUCAUCAGAGUCUUAUUCAAGAAAUAAAAGAUCUGUGAAUGCAGAAAAUGAGAAGAUUUCCCAUCACGAUGAUAAUAAUAAUUUAGAAGACCACACAAAUAGUUCCAUCAAAUUGGAAGAAGAUAUCAAGAAAUCCAAGAAAGAAGACGAUGAUGAAUUACAAAAACCAUCAAUAAACAACGAAGCGCUCAAAAGUGAUGUAGCCGAAACAAUACCUUCUUAUAAAGAUGCAGAAGACGAAAAUUCGCUAAGAAAUACUUCAGGAAAAAUAAACAAAGAAAUGAAUAAUCCAAAAGAAGACAUUUUGCUAACAGAAAAUCUUCGUUUGAAAUAUGAAGAUACUUCUUCAGAAAAUGUUCAACAAGAAAGUUCUUAUUUGGAUAACAAGAGUGAGGACGUAAAAGAUGAAAAUUUAAUUAAAGAAAAAUCAAUUUCCCAUGAAGAGAAAGAAGUGGAAAUAACGCCAAGUAGAUCUAAAAUUUGUAAUGACACAGUAGUCGAUGACCAGGUUUCUAAAGACGUCACUAAACUGGAAACAUUUAAAAAUACAUCGAGUGAAGAUACUAAAGAAAAUAACGAUAGUAAAAUAGAUAAAGAAAAAUUCUCCGCAGAAAUAAAAGAUGAUUUGAACUUAGUCCAUAAAGAAGCUGAAGUCUUGAAAGAAUCCCUAGAUCAAACGAUUUCUUACGGGCAUAAAGAGGCCGCAGUCUUGAAUAAACUUAAAACAAAUAUAGAAAAAUCUUCCGAAGAAACAAAAGAUGAUUUGAAUUUAGUCCAUAAAGAAGCUGAAGUCUUGAAUGAACCUCUAGAGCAAUCGAUUUGUAACGAAAAGCCCCAAAACAAAAUUUCAAAUCAUGAUCAGAACAUCACUCUAGAAGAAGUUAACGUUAUUAAUACGAAAGAAACGAAUUUGAAGCAAAACAAAAUAGAUAAUGAAGAUAAACCCGGACAUGAAAAAACCAAACAGUCUUCGAAUUUAUCAGCCUUACAGCAUAAGACUGCAGAAGAAGUGAUAGACAAUAUUCAGCAAGAAAGUAAUGGAUCAAAUGUAGCACCCGAAGAUAAAAAUGAAAUCAAAAAGUUAAAAGAUAAUGGAGAUCUUGACUCUUCACAAAAUAAAGCUGGCUCAGACAGCCAAAAAGUUAACUUGGACAAAAUGCUUAUUAACAAACUUUCGAAUAAUAAUCUUACAGAAAAUCUGGAGACAGACGAAAAUUCCGCAAUGCAGAAUUUGUCUUCAAAACCCCUAGAGUUCGUUGAAAGUUCAAAUUCCAAAGACAGUAUGGAAACCAAAUUUUGUGAACCAAUUGAAGAAACCAUAGAUAAUGAAUCUAUUUCUCCUGAGUGUGCUGAUUUAAACAAGCUUAAAGAAGCAAAAUCAGAUAGAAACUCUAGCGAUACUACUUCAAGUGAACAUUUUGAUGCAAAAGAAUCUAACAAAAUCUCAAAGAAUGAGAAGCUUGUUGAAGAACUUGCAUCAGAAAACCACCAAGAAUUUCUUCAGCCAAACGAUCAACGACUUUCUUCGGAAAUUGAUUUGAAACCUGAGGGAAAACAAGAAACAGACGAAGUUACUAGAAAAGACCUAGACUACAAGGGUUUAGAGAGUGAGAAGUUUGAAGAACUUUCUUCAAGAAAGAAGGAAACACUUAAAGAGAACAACCCAAAAGAACACGAGGCAAGACUAGACACAGAAUUCAAGACGUUAAAUAAUGAAAAACUGGAAGAGAAUCAAACAAUCGAGCAAACACCUUCUCAAAACAUAAACACUGAAAUAGAACCUAAGGCUUUAAAGGUCGAUAAUAAAGUUGAUGAAGAAGCUGCUCCAAAUAAGAAACUAUCGGUUGAAGAAAACCAGCCAACUAUAGAAGGACUUUCGAUGGAAAAAAUCGCAGAAGGGCAUCUCAAGGAUUAUAAGAACAACAAACUCGAUGAAGAAAUCUCUUCUUCCGAUAAAAAGCCAACAGUUGAGAAAGAUCAGGCAACAUUAGCUGAACUCUCUUCAGAAAUUAAAGAAAACAUCAAAACCACUGAAAAAGAACCAAAAUCAGAAAGUCUCAUUCAAAACAAUAUUGUUUCUUCAAAUGAGAAAAAAUCAAGAUGUGAAGAUCCACUUCCAUUAACUCCAUCAGAUGUCAUUGGCUUUGAUGGUAGUAGUGCCGAAACUUCUGCAGAUUUCUCAAGCAUAGGAAAAGAUUUGGAAUUUUUCGAAGAUACAAUCAAGUAUUUAAAAAAUGCCACCGAGAAUUUAGGAGAAAUGGAAGAUGUGUUUGAAACACAAAAGAAUCCAAUCCAUGAUGUUACAAAAAAUGCUGAUAUCUUCAAUAAUUCCGCAGUGCUGAUUCAAAGUGCUUUUAGAGGAUAUCAGGUUAGAAGACAAUUAAAGAAUAUGGAAAAUAAAGGUCAAAAGAAUAGUGAAGUAGAUAAAACAAAUAUCGAUGCUGAAAAUAAAACCAAUGCAGCAGUAAAGAUUCAAAGCGCUUAUAGAGGUCAUAGAGUUAGGAAAGAAAGAAGGGAAAAAUUAAAUGAGUCAACAAGUGAAGAUCCAACAAAUCUGCCUUCCUUACCUAAGGAAGAUACAAGUUGUACACAAUCUCCAUCGAAGAAUAUGUUGGGAGGUAAUAUAGUUAAGAGUCAGAUUCCGGUCGCUGUAAUUCAUCCAACAAAAUAUUCAAGCUCCACGGAAGAUGAGCACUCCGAAAAAAAUGCAGAAUUAAGAACCGCGAAUCAAAGAUCACCAGUGAAACGGCUUAAAACCAACCAACCAACGUCGGUCAAAACCAUACAAAAAAAUGUGAAAACCUCUCCACAAAAAAAGGUACUACAGAAAAGGUCAAUCGAAGGAAACGACCAAACUUUCAUACGUGAUAGCUUAGGAGAAACUGUUAAACUGGAUCAAACCCAGAUACUGGGCAGUAGAAAACUAGUCUCAGGUAGUAGUAGUUCAAGUGGUUAUGGAAAUAAAUCCAACAAAUUUAAAACCAAAACACCGUCAACGUCAGACUUACUUGAUCGAACGAGAAGGCCAAGAAAUGUUAGUGAUCAAUUUCAAAGGAAAGUCAAAUCAGUUUCUAUAAAUGACAAGACACAAAGUCAAGAAUCUUUUGAUUUAGAAGCAAUUAAAAAGGAACUAUUAUCAACGAAGUUCAAAUCUCCUCCGCAAUCUGGGAGCAAAAAGAAAAAUACAAGAGUUAGAAGUGGAAAAAAGAGAAGUCCGAUCAAACAAUCAAAAGCCACCAAGAUUCCUCAGAAGUCUCCAAGUAAAAUAAUCAAUAGCAAUACACAAACUAAACCAAUUGAAUUGAUAAGUGGUCCCAACAAAGAAUCAGAAGAUCACACCGAUAAUAACAAAAAUGUCGAAGAAAUGGACCUUUCAAAGACGUUCAGUGUAGACCUCGAUCAAAAUUUGGAUUCCGAUGGAAAUAUCGAAAUCAACAAUGCCAAGAAGAAAACAUUAAAUAAAACUUACACAGUCAGAUCUUCACUAAACGAGGUUGAACAUUUUAAUCCACCACCGUUACAAGUUGUUGAAGAAAAAACAGAGGAAGCUUCUGAGGAUCUGUUUGACAGUUUAAAACAGGAAGUGGAGAAAUUAAGGAGCAAUGUCCAAGAAAAAUCCGCUGUGACAAUUCAGAAAACUUUCAGAGGAUUCAGGACACGGAAAAACUUAAACAAGGAUUUGAAGAGUAUUCCGACUUCAAAAAAAGAACAAAUAAGUUCCUCAGAAUAUGAAGAACCAUUAGCCAUAGCAGACAUUUCAAAAGAAGUCGAAAAUAACGAAGAAAAUAUUGUAUCUUCAAAGGCAGAGAAAAAAGAAGACCAAGCAGCUACAACAAUUCAAAAAGCAUACAGAGGCUACAAAACAAGGAAAAACUAUAAACCUUUCAACGAAAGAGGAACCAAACUCGAAACCACUUCAGAUACCAAAGAUACGAAUAAACUUGAGGCUGAAACUGAAAAAGAAGCCACAAAACUUAAUCUAAACAAAUCAGCCGUUACAAUUCAAAAGACGUUCCGAGGUUAUCGGUCAAGAAAAAAACUUAAAACUACAAAAAUAAGUAACGCCGAGAAUAAAGACGAAGAUUUAAAAAAGGAAGAUACAAAUUCAAAGACUCAAACGGGUGCUUCAAAUAACGAUGAAAAGGAUAAAGAAAACUCGGAUGUUUUCGAAAGCCUUCAAGAUAGUAUGAAGCAAUAUAAGAAUUUGGUUCUUGAUAAAUCUGCCACAACUAUUCAGAAACAUUACAGGGGCUACAAAACAAGAAAAAACUACAAAACUUUCAACGAAAGAGGAACCAAACUCGAAAACACUUCAGAUACCAAAGAUACGAAUAAACUUGAGGCUGAACCUGAAAAAGAAGCCAACAGUCCAAUCAAGGGUGAAAAAUCCACGAAUCUUAAUUUAAACAAAUCUGCCGUAACAAUUCAAAAGACGUUCCGAGGUUAUCAAUCAAGAAAACAUCUUAAAGCUACACAAAUAAGUAACGCCGACAAUAAAGAUGAAGAUUUAAUAAAGGAAGAUACAAAUUCAAAGACUGAAACUGAUGCUUCAAACAACAACGAUGAAAAGGAUAAAGAAAACUCAGGUGUUUUCGAAAGCCUUCAAGAUAGUAUGAAGCAAUAUAAGAAUUUGGUUCUUGAUAAAUCUGCCACGACUAUUCAGAAACAUUACAGGGGCUACAAAGUAAGGGAAGACCUUAAAAGAAAAGAUAUAAGAAGUAAAAUAGGAAAAGAUUCUCAAGGUAGUGAACAACAAGAGGAAGAAAAUCAUAUAAACAAUGAAAAAAAAUUGGAAGAACCACAUGAAGUCAGAACAGAACUUAUUGAAGAUACAUUUAAAGAAAAAAGUCAAGCUUCUGAACCUAAUGAAUCGGCAACAAUUAUUCAGAAGAACUUCAGAGGAUACAUGACACGGCAGAAUAUCAAAAAGAAAGACAUUAAUUACCACGACAAACAAAAACAAGGUGCAUUCGAUAGUUUCGAUGUGGAUGCAUUUCAUGAUGAGGCCUUACAAAAAUCCGCAACGACAAUUCAGAAGACAUUUAGGGGCUACAAAACACGAAAAGAUCUUCUAAGCAAGAAAAUUCCAACAGAAAACACCCUGGAAAAUGAUGAAGAAAACCGAAAUACAUUAAAGGAAAAUAUGAUUCAGCAGAAAUCUGAAGACCAUACGGAAGCUGGAAAAUCUGCAGCUAUUACGCAAGUUAUAGCAGAUCAAAAUCUUAUAAAACCAACUGUGAUUGCAAACCUAGAUACGGUUAAAGAAAGCCCAAAUCAUAGCCCAAAAAACCAAGAAGAAGAAUCCUUGAUUUUAAAGAAAAAUGUUGGUACCACGGUGGGUUGUAUAUCAUCAUCGAAAGAUGAGCUGAAAAGAAUGUAUUCUGAGCCCAAUCAACCCAAAGAGGAAACAAAAUCAUCUUCAGCUGGAGCAGUCCUUGAAAAUGCUGCUUCAAUAAUUCAAAAAGCUUAUCGUGACUACAAUGUAAAGAGGAACAACAAUACAAAGAGUUAUUCUAAUGGAACUCAUCGUGAAACAACUCCUAAAGAAGUUCUGGAAAACUCAGAUGAAUCAAGUAUAUUUAUAGGACCAGAUACUUCAUUUGACUUAUCAGAUGUUGACAGUGUCGAAACCAAAAGUGAAAAAGCCUUCAACUAUGAUAAAAUAAAUUCUUCAGAAGCACCUACUCCAACAAACAAUAGUGAAGAUUGUCUAACGUCGACAAUAACUAUCAACAUUCAUUCCGAAGAUAAAAUUGUAGAUAAUGAAUGUGUAAAUACCCCACAGAAGCUCCGACUUAAGAGAAGUAUAAUUGAACCUACAGCUCCGCCAUUAGAUGAAAUUCUUAAGGAUGAAGAACCAGUAGUUAGUCCAAAACUUAAAUGGUUUGUGGGUGAUGAACCUAUAAUUCCGUCCAGUAGCAAUACUUCAAAAUCUUCUUCACCAGUUUCUUCUUCUUCUGUAGAUCCUUUAUUAGUUUCUACUUCUAGUAAAUGUAAUGAUUUGAGUAGCAUUGAUGCAUCUAAUAAUUCAGCUGUAGUUAGUACUAGUAGUUUGUUGCUUACUAAUAAUACUGAGGUACAUGAUAAAAACACUUUAAAUAACAAUUCUGGGAUAGUUUCAGCAAAUGAAGAAGAAGAUUUAAAGAAAGACCAACAAAAUUUGGAGAAAUUAAAUCGAAAUGAAGAAAUUUCGAACAAAUUUGAAGUUGAAGAUGAAACUGCUUCAAAUGUUUCAAGAACCAACGACAAAUUAUCAAAUCAAUCUGAUUCUAAGGAAAAAGAAGCAAAAUCUGAGGAGAAUAAUGAAGACAAACAAGAAGACGACAAGGUAGUUGCCACAGAUUUGUGUAAGAACUGUGCAGAGGGUAUUCAUGAAGGUGGAGUAUGUUCGGAAAAUUUAAUUGAUAUUUCAAAACAUAUUUUAGAGAGUGAUGAUCAAAUCAAACAAUUUGUUUUGAUGGAAGAGUUGAAUAAAACAAAGUCCGCUAGUGAAAUAACUGAACCUUCAGAUAUUUCUUCACAAGCUGUUGAUUCUUCACACGUAACAAUAACUGCUAUUGAUGCCAAAAGUGAAGAAUCUAAGACGACAGAUCCAGCUGGACAAUUGAAUUCUUCAAAUGACUAUCCUGCUAUAUCUCUUAUACCACCAUCAUCAGAAGAUGACACUUCUGGGAGGGAAUCAAGUCUUGAGGUAAAAGCUAAGAAUGUGGGUCAUAAGGUGGAGGAAGAAAAAACUGACGAAGCAAAAGCAAAAGCAGAAACUGAAAGCUUUGAUGUCGGUGAUGUGAAAACUAAGGAUGCUAUUAAUGCUUCAAAAGAAGAUCAAAAUAGAUCUGUAGAAGAAGAACAAGUUCCGGAGAUCGAAAAGACCGACACAAAACUCACUGAAACGAAAAAAUUUUCAAAAGAAAAUGUACUACAAGACAGUGAGAAAUCGGUACUUUCUUCAGUCGAAAUUGAAGGAAAAGACACAAACGUUGAAGAAACCGAAAAAGAAGAUGCCUUUAAAACAAAACCUGGAGAAGAGUUUAAAAUUGUAGAACAUGGAUUUGAAGAUGAUUUUAGUGAUAGUAAAGAUGUCAAAGAAGGUCCUGAACAAAAAGAAUUGGAACUUAAAAAAGAGUCAAUAGAAGAAUCACAAAAAUCGGAUAAAAAUAUUGACAAUGAUGAUGUACAACAAUCUGCAAGUGAAUCACAAAGUAUUGAGAGCAAAGAUAAAUCUUCUCAUGAAUUAAAUGAAGAAAUCGAAAAACCAAAUGAUGAUCAAGAGAAAAGUCUGGACAAUAAAACUGAAAUAAAAGACUUAGAUACGCUUAAAACAGAGAUACUACAAAAUUCUGUUGACGAAGAUACUAAGUUAAAUGACUCUACAUCUUUUGAUAAAACUGACCACACAAAUAUUCCACAGAUUCCUGAGCAAAAUACAAAUAAAGAAAAUACUCAAAAAAGCGAAAUUGAAAUUAAACCAAUAGGAAGUAACGAAGAAGCAAAGUCUGAAUGUCCAAAGGAAGAAGUUGGAGGCAGCACUGUUGGACCUGUCACAAAGGUCUCCACAGAAGAUGUCAAAUCUGCUUCCGUUCUCACGAAAGAAGACACACAACAUGAUCAGCUACAAGAAGAUAUUGAAAUUGCGGCAAAGCUUAUCGAGAGCAGUCUUUCAGAUCCCCAAGCAAAAAUUCUUGAAAAUGAAAAUCAUGACAAACUUGCCGAUAAGACAUUGUCCAAAGAGGAACAGGACGACCCAGAUGCACGAGUCGAAGCAAAAUUAGAAGAAUUAAUUGAAGAAAACAGCAAACCAGCUGAUAUCAGCAAAAACACAGUUGAUCCGAAAGAUCUUCCGACUGAAAAUUCUUCGCAAGAAGUUGUUGAGGAACCAUGUGUGAAAAAAGUCGUUCCUCCAACACCAUACUUAGCCGCUUCAGACCAAGAUGAGUCAGAACUUGAAUCAACAACAACAAAAGCCGAAUCCACUACCACCACACCUGGCUAUGAUGAGACCUCAGAGACUGAUGGCUUAGAUAUACCACCUUCGAAGCCAGAUGCUAUCGAUGUUAUGACCGAAAAACUUCGCGAACCCGAAGAAAUGGUGGCUCGAAUGCGUCAGAGACGUGCUUCGGAGCACAAGAUCUCAAUUGAUAGUAUAACAGAUCAGCAGGCAGUUUUUGAAGAACCAAUUUGUGAACCCAUCAAACCAAUGGAAAAGAUUCAGAAGUCCAGCUCGACAGAAGCCGAAGACGAGUUUGUGUUGCACAAGCUUCAGCGAGGUGAUACUACCCGUGAGAGCAGUGCUCAAAGUGAGUCUGUCGUUUUUGGAGAUUCUACAUCUCAGUUGACCGAAUCUGAAGACACUUUCAACGAGAACUUGGACCUUCAUUCUCUUCAUCGGAUGAAUACAAUUGCAACAAAUCGAAACUCUUUUAAGCCCCCUCAUCUAUUUAAGUCGGUUACCAUCGACGAUACAGUGAAGUAUAUCGAUCCAGAAAAGUCGACCGAAGAAAGUGUAAGCAGUUUCUGCAUGGAUGAUGCCUUAUCAGAAGAUGUCCGCAAAAAGAUGAUGGCCUAUUCUGUUUCGGAAGCUGAUUCGGACUACUACGAUGUGGGAGACCAAACCACUCACCCCCAUGAUGACUUCAAUAUCAGUACGGCUUUGGAUAAUUUUCCAUCAACUGACACCGACACGACGAUUGUCUCGGCGGCAACUAAGAUCCAAGCUGGCGCCCGUGGCUUUCUUACUCGACGGCGCAUACGUCGUGCCAGUAUGGGAACUAAGGCGUCCUUGACCGAAGACCGAAAUGUAUCAUUUGGAAAUGAGGCAAUCGGUGAAUCUCUCGAUCAAUUGGCAGAGGAAGAAGUUGGAAAGCGUCAAUUCAAUCGUCAAAUUGGCGUUAAUUCAUUGCCCUCGGCCUUGGAACAUUCCGAUGAAAUGCUAUCGCCAUCAUCACUCGGCGAAGAUAACCAAAGUGGUAAGCAUUCUUCUUCAAUUAAAAUUGAACCAAAUAGAAUGACCACAUCAUUAGAGACCAAUGACGUCAAUGAAUGGCUAGAGAAGCCAAAAGAUGAUUCAUCCCAAAUUGUAUCUAAUUUAGAGGCCACUGUGGCGCGACGUCUUACUUUGCAGCGUGGCGAUGCUCUGCGAAACGAUUCUACGCCAGACGAUGAAAACGGUGGAGGUGGUGGUAUUGGCAAACAGGUGGAAUCAGCCAAAAAUAGUCCCCCUGCUAUGGGGACUAUGUUGGUUCACGAGAAGACUAUGGUAGAAUCAACAACAACAACGACAACCAGAACAACAACUGAACGGAGGAAUUAUUCUGACGCAGCCUUAACCAACAAGAAGGACAAAAUGAAAUGGUUUGCUCUGCGUCAAAAUUCAAUGCCUGUUCAAAUUGACUCUGAAGUAUUUCGCGUUUUGCCCAAGCACAUGCGGAAGCGGAUCAAGAGCGCCGAAAGCGAGAAACCAAAACGUAUCCGUCUUCCCCGAGACUAAUGGGCGACAUUACAUUGAGAUUUAUCGUACCAUAAAAUUCAUAAAUUUUGUAAACGUUCAAAAACCAAACAAAACAAAUAAACAAAGAAGCAUUUUCAUCGUUUUCUAAACAAACAAAAGGAGAAGAAAAUAGAAUAAGAAAAUAAUUCA